AUGAGCCAGAUGGUGCUGCCCUGCCACACCAACCACCGCGGCGAGCUCAGCGCCGGGCAGCUGCUCAAGUGGAUCGACACGGCUGCCUGCCUCUCGGCCGAGAGACACGCUGGCUGCCCGUGCGUCACGGCUUCCAUGGAUGAUAUCUAUUUUGAGCACACCAUUAGUGUUGGGCAAGUUGUCAACAUCAAAGCCAAAGUGAACCGAGCCUUUAACUCCAGCAUGGAGGUGGGCAUCCAGGUGAGCUACGAGGACCUGUGCAGCGGGAAGCACUGCAGCAUCUGCAAGGCGUUCGCCACCUUCGUGGCACAGGGCCCCUCUGGCACCAAGGUGAAGCUGAAGCCACUGAUCCCACAGACAGAGGAGGAGAAGCUGGAGCACAGCAUCGCUGCCGAGCGCCGCCGCAUGCGCCUGGUCCACAAGGACACCCUCAAGGACCUCCUCACCCGCAGCCCCCGGGAAACCGGUACCACACGGGAUGGCAGCACAGCAGUGCCGGCUGAGAAGACACGGGUGGAGAGUGUGGAGCUGGUGCUUCCCCCCCAUGCCAACCAUCAGGGUAACACCUUCGGGGGGCAGAUCAUGGCCUGGAUGGAGAAUGUGGCCACCAUCGCAGCCAGCCGGCUGUGCCAUGCCCACCCCACGCUGCAGGCCAUCGAGAUGUUCCACUUCCGGGGACCAUCUCAAGUCGGGGACCGCCUGGUGCUCAAAGCCAUCGUCAACAACUCCUUCAAAAACAGCAUGGAGGUGGGGGUCUGCGCCGAGGCGUACGGCCAGGAGAUGUCAGUCAGCAGAAGGCACAUCAACAGCGCCUUCAUGACCUUCGCGGUGCUGGACCAGGAGGGCCGGCCCCGCACGCUGCCCAUGGUGGCACCCGAGCCGGGGGAGGGAGAGAGGAGGUACAGAGAAGCCAGCGCCAGGAAAAAAAUUCGGCUGGACCGAAAGUACGUUGUCUCCUGCAAACAGACCGAGAUGCCGCUCUCCGUGCCCUGGGACCAAAGCAACAAGGUUUAUCUCAGCUACAACAACGUCUCUGCGCUGAAGACGCUGGUAGCCAAAGCCAACUGGACACUCGCCAGAGAAAAGGAGAAGGUGCGGAUGUACACGCUGGAAGAGGACAAGUUCCUCUCCUUCCGCAUCGAGAUCUCGGUCUGCAUCUCCGCUGACCAAGCCUUCUCCCUGCUCUCCGACCUGCGGCGCCGGCACGAGUGGGACAGUCACUACACGAGUGCCGAGCUCGUGCAGCAAGUGGACGACGAUGACAUGAUCUACCACGUGGUGAGCGAGACGCUCAGCCGUGAGAACAAGCCCCAGGACUUUGUCAUCCUGGCAUCCCGACGGAAGCCCUGCAGCAAGGGGGACCCCUACGUGGUGGCCUUUCGGUCGGUGACGCUGCCCACCCACCCUGCCAGCGACGCCUUCACACGGCAAGAGACGCUCUGCUCCGGCUUCUGCAUCUGGCCGGAGUCAGAGGGGAUGAGCAAGGUGGCUUACUACAACCAGGCUAUGCCAGGGUACCUCAACUAUGUCACCACGAACGUGGCAGGACUGUCCUCCAACAUCUGUGCCACCUUUGAAGCCUGUGAGAAGUGA